CAACAACCAGCGACAGCUGUCCUCAGCGGAAGCACUAACAAUGUCAACGCCGACAACAACAUCGAAAUAUAAGAUCAAUGGCGAGGCCACCGAAAGCGUUGCAGCAUCCACAUUGCUCUAUCAUCAUCCGCAUCACAAUCAUCAUCAUCAUCAUCAUCACCAUCAGCAGUCGCAGCAGCAGCAACAGCAGCAACAUCAUCAUCACCAUCAGCAACAGUUGCUACUGCAACAGCAACUCCUGCAGCAACAUGUGGCCAACAGUUCGCCAUUGCAACAUCUGAGCAAUCUGUUUGGCCAGCAUUUGCCUACGCACAGCCUGCAGCAUUUGAUUGCCGCCGAGUACUGGCAGCAACAGCAACAACAGCAGCAUCAACAACAGCCAGCAGCAACAAUUAAAAGCGAGCCAACAACUCAAUCAGGGGCAGCAACAUCGGUCUUUAGCUUCACGCCGCAGCAACACGUCAAUUUCGCCGCCUCAUUAGUCGCAUUACAGCAAAAUGAUUCCUUGCCCGAGGCAACAAUGGCAACAGCAACACCAACACCAGCGACAACUGCAUCAGCAGCAGCAGCAGCGUCAGCAAUGGGCCCUGCAGCAGCGACAACAUCAGAUACAUUGCAGGCGCCAACAACAGCGCAGACCAUUGACGACAUCGAUGAUGAUGUUGCUGAUGAUGACGACAGCAACAUCGGCCAGCACAUGCAAAAUUCAGGCGUUGCCAACUUUAAAUUCGAGCCAAGCGAGCAGCAUGACGGGGCUGCGAAUGAAGAUGUCCUAACGAGUCCUGAAGAAGAGAACAAAGAUGGAACUUUGACUGCUGUUGACACAAAUAUGCGCGAUGUCAGCGCAAAUCACAGCAGCUCCUUCCUAUCAGCCGCCUCCCCAUCUUCCUCAACACUGGUGUCCAGUCACACCCCCUCCCCAUCCCCACCUCUUUUGGAGGAACACGAAGAAGGGGAUGCAAGGAUAAGGGACAAGAAGCUAACGCUCGAAUUGAAGUUGCAAUCGUGUGAUGAAUAUGUUGAGCAGCCAAAGGAUAAAGGAGUCAAACGGCUGCAUCCAGCUCAGAUUGCCAACAACAAUGCUUCGUCGCCUCUGCAGCUGAAAGUGGAGAAACAGGAGGAGCAGGAGGAGGAUGAGCGGGAAGAGGAAAAGGAUAAGGCCCUGGAACUGACCGGAGCAGCAGUUGCUCUCUAUGGCCACUUGAACAAUGCCAGCAAGGAUGUGCGAGAUUUAGAGCAGUGCCUGAAAUUGCAGGACCCAAGUGAUAUCAGUCGCCUGUCGCGUUCACCGUCGCCACUUCAGUCGAAUGCUUCCGAUUGCGAUGAUAAUAACUCGAGUGUGGGCACCUCCAGCGAUCGCUGCCGUUCCCCUUUGAGUCCUGCUCUGUCCUUGACCCACCAGCAGGCCAAACGACAGCUGAUGUCGCUGCAGCCUCACCCGGCUCACCAUCACCACAAUCCUCAUCAUUUGAACCACCUGAACCACCAUCAGUACAAGCAGGAUGAGGAUUACGAGGAUGCCAAUGGUGGAGCCUUGAAUUUGACCAGCGACAACAGUCGUCACAGCACUCAAUCGCCGGCGAAUUCGGUGAAAUCAGAGAUGGCUUCACAGGUUCCGGUGAUUUCGGUGCCCUCGCCAGUGCCGCCCAUGAUCUCUCCGGUUUUGCCGCCCUCCGGUGGUGCCACCACACCCAAUUCCAUGGCAGCAGCAGCAGCUGCAGCGGCCGCCGCUAUGGCUUCCUCAAUGGGAAGUGGCAUAUCGCCUUUGCUGGCCAUUCCGGGAUUGUCCUCGCCACAGGCUCAACUUGCGGCAGCUGGUCUGGGUAUGAAUAACCCACUGCUGACUGGCUCACUAUCGCCACAAGAUUUUGCCCAGUUCCAUCAGUUGCUGCAACAACGUCAAGUGGCAUUGACACAGCAAUUUAACAGCUACAUGGAGCUGCUGAGAAGUGGAUCCCUGGGACUGGCACAGGAUGAUCCGGCACUGACCACCCAGGUGGCAGCUGCCCAGUUCCUAAUGCAGAGUCAACUGCAGGCUCUGAGCCAAGCCACCCAGCAAUUACAGGCCCUGCAGAAGCAACAGCAGAGGCAACAGGACGAGCCACUGCAGCUGAACCACAAGAUGAUGCAGCAGCCACGCAGCUCCACUCCCCACUCGGUAAGGAGUCCCAUUGCCAUUCGCAGUCCGGCCAGUUCCCCCCAGCAGAUGCACCACCACCACCCACUCCAGAUUACACCGCCCAGUUCGGCGGCUAGUUUGAAACUGAGUGGAAUGCUGACACCCAGUACACCCACAAGUGGCACUCAGCUGAACCAGAGCACCACCACACCGCAGCCCAAGACGGUGGCCAGUGCUGCAGCUGCUCGGGCAGCGGGUGAACCAUCGCCCGAAGAAACCACCGAUCUGGAGGAACUGGAGCAGUUCGCCAAGACCUUCAAGCAGCGUCGGAUCAAACUGGGUUUCACCCAGGGCGAUGUGGGUCUGGCCAUGGGCAAACUCUAUGGCAAUGACUUUUCGCAGACCACCAUUUCAAGAUUCGAGGCCCUCAAUUUGAGCUUCAAGAACAUGUGCAAGCUGAAGCCGCUACUCCAAAAGUGGUUGGACGAUGCCGAUCGCACUAUCCAAGCCACCGGUGGUGUCUUUGAUCCUGCGGCUCUACAGGCCACCGUCAGCACACCCGAGAUCAUUGGCCGCCGUCGCAAGAAGCGCACCUCCAUUGAGACCACCAUUCGCGGUGCUCUGGAGAAGGCCUUCCUGGCAAACCAAAAACCCACUUCUGAGGAGAUUACCCAACUGGCCGAUCGCCUGGGCAUGGAGAAGGAGGUGGUCCGUGUGUGGUUCUGCAAUCGCCGGCAGAAGGAGAAGCGUAUCAAUCCCUCUCUGGACAGUCCAACUGGUGCUGAUGACGAUGAGUCGUCCUACAUGAUGCACUAAGGGAUCAAGGAUCGGGUUUAGAGUGAGGUCACAUCUAGGGACAAAGACAGUGCAAUGAGAAAGAAGGAAGAAAUCUAAGGAAGCUUAGCAACAGCAGGUUCAAAGUCGCAAACACAUCAAAUACUAGCAUAAUUCUGUACUAUGGAUAGCUAUCAACUCCUGAACAAAGUGGGGUUUGCUUAUGUUAACUAUUAAUGGUAUUUAUUUUAAUGUAAUUCUAUUAAAAGUCAAAGCCAAAAUAUUGCUAAUCAAGUUGACAGUUCAAAGUCCACUUGAUAACCAACAUUUUUCAGAUCAUAAGGAAAUGGUAUUUUCUUCUUUUAAAUUCCAUUUCCUUAAGACAGUUCUUGGCAUUUGUGUAUUACUAAUAUUUAAGUACAGUCUCUGCACAAUUUUCAAAGUCAACAUUCCUGAAUUCCUAGCGAAUAAUCAUAAAGUUAAGCACUUUCCACGUAACAAAAAUGGAUUACCUUUUAAGCAUAUUUAUUUUUCGCGUGAAUACUGUGAUAAUCAAUUUGAAUGAUUUUAAUUUUAAUUAAAAGAAAAUGAAAACCAAGAAAAACAAUAUAAAACUAGCUGUACUUUGUAUGUUAUGGGCAAGUAAACUAACACAAACAAAAA